AUGGAGGCAAUCAAGCUCCAGAGGAAGUAUCCUCAAUUCUCCCAAGAGGAAAUGAUGGGCCUCAUCUCGCGCUUCCGCACGCUCGAUGUUGAAGAAAAGGGCAGCAUUCCAAAGCAAGAUGUUAUCAAGGCCAUCCAAGACCAAGGCGAUGCUUCUUACGAUCAGGUCCGUGAAACACUCAAGGAAGUCGACUUGGACGCCUCGGGUCGAGUCGAGCUCGACGACUACGUCGACCUCCUCGCAAAGAUCCGUGCUGGCCGCAACGCAUCUGCUGGUGUCGUCACCAAGGGCAAAGUGUUCGUCAAGGGCGCCACUUCCUCCACUCAACACACCAUCAACGAGGACGAACGUACCGAGUUUACCCGCCACAUCAACUCGAACCUUUCAGGAGAUGCUCAUAUCGGCUCACGACUGCCCAUCCCCACCGACACGUUCCAGCUGUUUGACGAGUGUCGAGACGGCCUCAUCCUCUGCAAGCUCAUCAACGAUUCCGUCCCUGACACUAUCGAUGAGCGUGUUCUCAACUUUGGUAAGGGCGGCAAGGGUCCCAACGCAUUCCAAAUGACCGAGAACAACAACAUCGUCAUCACCUCCGCCAAGGCCAUCGGUUGCAGUGUCGUCAACAUUGGACCCCAGGACAUCAUCGAUGGCAAAGAGCAUCUUAUCCUCGGUCUCGUCUGGCAAAUUAUCCGACGUGGUCUGCUCAGCAAGAUCGACUUGAAGAAUCACCCAGAGCUCUACCGUCUCCUGGACGAAGGCGAGACGCUCGAAGAGUUCUUGCGCCUCCCACCGGAUCAGAUCCUGCUCCGAUGGGUCAACUACCAUCUCAAGGCCGCCAACUGGCACCGUCGCGUUACCAAUUUCAGCAAGGACGUCUCGGACGGUGAGAAUUACACGGUGCUGCUCAACCAGCUCAAGCCCGAUCAGUGCGAUCGUGCUCCUUUGCAGCAGAGCGACGUGCUGCAGCGUGCAGAGAUGGUCUUGCAGCGUGCAGAUGCCAUCGGCUGCCGCAAGUACUUGACGCCUGGAUCCAUGGUGGCGGGUAACCCGAAGUUGAACUUGGCCUUUGUGGCGCAUCUCUUCAACACCUGGCCGUGUCUCGAGCCACUCGAGGAGGCACCUCCUGUUGAGAUUGAGGACUUUGACGCCGAGGGAGAGCGCGAGGCGCGUGUUUUCACCCUCUGGCUCAACAGUCUCGACGUGGAACCGGGUGUCUACAACCUGUUCGAAGAUCUCAAGGACGGUACCGUCAUUUUGCAAGCGUUUGACAAGGUCAUCCCUGGCUCUGUCACCUGGCGUCGAGUGAGCAAGCCCAAAGAGGGGCAGGAGCUGUCGCGUUUCAAAGCGGUGGAAAACACAAACUACGCCGUCGACCUCGCCAAGGCGUCCAACAUGCACAUCGUCGGCAUCCAGGGUGCCGACAUCGUCGAUGGCACCAAGACGCUCACCUUGGGUCUGGUGUGGCAGCUGAUGCGACUCAACAUCACCAAGACGCUCUCUUCGCUCUCCAAGGGAGGACGUGGGGUCAGCGACGGAGACAUGGUCGCGUGGGCCAACAACCUGGUCAAGGCCAGCGGCAAGUCGACCCAGAUCCGCUCGUUCAAGGACCCACAGCUCAAGACGGCUGUCUUCUUCCUCGACUUGCUCAACGCGCUGCGUCCCGGGAUUGUGGACUACAGUCUGGUCAACCAGGGCAGGACCGAGGAUGAGAGCAAGAUGAAUGCUAAACUGGCGAUCAGCAUUGCGAGAAAGCUGGGCGCACUCAUCUUCUUGGUGCCGGAGGACAUUAUCGAGUUGCGACAGAGGCUCAUCUUGACAUUUGUGGGUUCGUUGAUGGCUAUUCAGACGUGA